UUCGGGUCAACCAUAGCCGGCGUCCGAACAGGGGAAGCAUAAGAAGAAGAAGAAAAAGAAGAACUGAACAAGAGAGUAGCGAAUUCGAACUUCGAAGAGUGAAAUUCAAUACGCUAUGGAGUUUUUACCUCCCGGAUUCCGGUUCCACCCUACCGACGAGGAGCUGGUGGUGCACUAUCUAUGCCGGAAAUGCGCGGCCCAGUCCGUCGCCGUUCCCAUCAUCGCCGAGAUCGACCUCUACAAGUUCGACCCGUGGCAGCUUCCCGAGAUGGCUUUGUACGGUGAAAAGGAGUGGUACUUCUUCUCUCCCAGGGAUCGGAAGUACCCGAACGGUUCACGACCGAACCGGGCCGCCGGGACAGGGUACUGGAAGGCAACCGGAGCCGACAAGCCCGUCGGGAAACCGAAAACGUUGGGGAUAAAGAAGGCGCUGGUUUUCUACGCCGGGAAAGCUCCGAGAGGAAUAAAGACAAACUGGAUUAUGCAUGAGUAUAGGCUGGCCAACGUCGACCGCUCUCCAGCCUGCAAGAGAAACAAUCUGAGGCUUGAUGACUGGGUACUGUGCCGAAUAUACAACAAGAAAGGAACUCUUGAGAAUUACUCACACUAUGGCGGUAGCGGUAGCAGUAUGGACGAAAAGGAAUUCCAUUUCCCAGAAGCCGGGGAACGUAAGCCCAAAAUAAUAAGCCCUUUUAAUGGGAUGCCUAGGCAAGCAGGCAUUCUACAGACGGGCUCAAGCUGCUGCUGCUCAGAGCAAAUACAAUCGUCAUGUGACAAAGAGGUCCAGAGUGCCGCCCCUAAAUGGGACGACAAAGACGACGUUAAUGUCCAGCUACUCAA